UUAUGUUUUAAGGGGGACAUGUUAGUCGUCGGGAUCAAAACACAAUUGACGACGCCAUUGGAAGUACAGUUAGAGGUUUUACGACACUGAUAGUUGAUUAGUCAUUGUAUUAUAAUAUAAUUUUCCUGUUCAGCUAAAAAAAAUCGUGUUAUUUGUAGUCCUUCCUUGAGCUAUUACAUUGACAACCUCUAAAAGGGGCAGUGCGAGCGUCGUGAAGCCGUCGCUGUAUUGUGUAUUGAAGACAUUUUUGCUUUCAUUUCGGUCGGAGCCAUGGCGGGCUUAGAGCUGUUGUAUUCGUGCUGUGGUGAAAACAUAUCUUCUCCUCAAGACGCCAUCGUAUGUCUCGUUCACUGGGAAGUCAUCAAAAGCGGAUAUAAGUGCGUCGGCUCCGGGGACGAGCCUCGAAGCAGCGACAAGAAGUCAGAGUUGUUGCCAUUAGACUGGAGCAGCAACAAGGUGGAGUACACGCUCAGGUACACGUCAGACCUCGGAGACGUCCAGUUGCUGCUCAAAGCGCUGCUGGUGGACUCUGCACUCGUCUUCAACCUGAUGAACCGCGGUACACAGCAGGGCUCCGACUUGAUUGUCAACCUGAACGAGCACGUGGACAAAGACCACUUGCACGCCUUCGACAGAGUCUUUAAGGACGUUGGCGGCCUGGCAGCAACAAUCAAAAGUCAGCUGCUGCCAUCCAGGGACAAGCGGACACAAGCGCAGGCGGAGCGGAGCAGGCGGCCGCAGCGGGAGGACGAUGAUGACGACCCUCUCCGUGUCCCCGGCAGACACCCCCGCCAUGGAGCUCAGGGACAAUGGCCUGAUGCUGUUGUUCCACCUUUCUCUGUGGGAGGAGCAGAUCUAGAUCCAUUGGGGUCUGGCGUUGGGGGUGGGAUGCUCCUGGAUCCACUGAGGUCCGGUUACCCUCGCUCCGGUUUUGAUCCAUCCAGCGGGAUCCCAGACAUCUUGCCCCCUGGAGCAGUACCCCCUGGGGCCCGCUUUGACCCGUUCGGACCGAUCGGACGCCACAGACCCGGGCCGGAUCCAGACCACAUGCCCCCCCCAGGCUAUGACGACAUGUUCAUGUAGCGCCACUCACUGCUUCCUGUUCGCUAGCCAAUCAGAAAGCUCUUCAUCCUCGUUUGAUAACUCUCAUUGUCUACUUCUGAGAGUGGAGGAUUUGUAAUGAAACCUUGGAAACUCUGCAGCACUUUGUUCCGCUCCUUACAACUCAAAGUUGUCAUUUAUUAAGUAAAUAAAUAAAAUAAAAGCUUUUUUUUUGUGGAAAA